AUGCGUCGUCGCUUGCAGAAAUCAACAUCUCUCCCGCGUCUGCGUCAGCUAUACGUUGACGACGAUUUCGGCUAUGUCAUUGCUGACGUGCUCGAGCACACCCUGUACCCAGCUUCUACCUCAAUGUCGUUCGAAGUCACGAGACUCAACGAUUCCACGGUAUUCAUCGUAUCUGCACCAACUCCCUGUCCCAUCUUCAUGCCCAAGAUGACGCCUUCAGGUCUCUCUUCUUCGCGCAAUCGACGCGACGACAGCCGUCAACCAUCAGUUUGGAGAUCCACUGCUGGACGGCUCCUCUCGCGCUGUGGAAACAUCGAGACAAGCGCAGAGUUCGUCGCCGCGCUUUUCGCACGGCUGCUUCUGACUGAUGUGCGGACCGCCCUCCUGACCGAGCCUACCGUCUCAGGGCGCAUACGAUGGCAGGACGUGUUCAAGCGCCUGCCGUUGGUACGGGCCUUGGGCCUAGAGUAUAGCACGUCAGACCCUAUCUGCCUGCGCGUCCCUUCCGCCGUUACCUGCUUCGGACGCAACGACGUGCUCUUCCCAGACCUGACCAGCGUGCGGCAGUGGGAAAGCCACUGCGAGCUUCCCCUUUACUUCAAUAAGUACCACACGUCCUCGGACCUACACCUCCUUGCGAGCUAUCUCGCGUCUCGUCAGCGAGAUAUACAGUAG